GUUCCUCUCUCUCUCUCUCGGCCUAACAUCUCUUACGAGAUAGGAGACGAAAAAUUUAAACAGAGCUCUUCCUUUCUCUCUCUUCUCAUCGCCAAAGGAUACGCGUCGCUUAGGGUUUUUUCCUCGUCAGAUCUGAUUGUUUCCCGAGAAAAUUCCAGAUCGCAGAUCUCAAAUCCUACCGCCGUGUAUCUUCGUCUCAAUUCGAUUCGAAGGAAGUGAAUAACUGUUUGGUGGACUUCCUGCUUUCAUGUUGUGCGUUGAAUCCGAAUUCUAUUCUCAUUAGUUGAUUUACAGAUCUCCGAAGUUGGCUCCCCAAAGAAGAUCACAGCGCCACAUGGGCGGCCAGAUGCAGCAGAGCAAUGCUGCGGCUGCGACGGCGCUAUACGAUGGGUCUCUUCACAGUGCGGGCCCUGCAAAUGACGCUGGUGAUGCGGUCAUGGCGCGGUGGCUUCAGUCCGCCGGUUUGCAGCAUCUGGCAUCUCCCGUUGCUUCCUCAGCCGUUGACCAGCGUCUUCUCCCCAGCCUUCUCAUGCAGGGUUAUGGAGCACAAACUGCUGAAGAGAAGCAAAGACUUUUCAAACUAAUGAGAAAUCUCAACUUUAAUGGAGAGUCGGCUUCUGAACCAUAUACUCCAACUGCACAGACAUCGGCAGCUUUGUCCUCGUCAGAUGGAUUUUAUUCACCUGAAUUCAGAGGUGAUUUUGGAGCUGGGUUGUUGGAUCUUCAUGCAAUGGAUGAUACAGAACUGCUAUCUGAGCAUGUGAUUUCGGAACCCUUUGAGCCGUCGCCUUUCAUGCCCAGUGUUAAUAAAGCACUGGAAGAAGAUUUCAAUUUGCCAGCUAGCCGGCAGCAACGUCAGGAAACAGAUGCUGAACACUUUGCUUCACUUUCCAAGGGAGAAAAUAGUGGAAGAGAGAAUAAUGUAGCCAAGAUUAAAGUAGUGGUGAGAAAAAGACCCCUGAAUAAGAAGGAAACUGCGAGAAAGGAAGAUGAUAUUGUUACUGUAUCUGAUAAUUCUUUGACCGUCCAUGAGCCAAAGCUAAAGGUGGAUUUGACUGCUUAUGUGGAAAAGCAUGAGUUCUGUUUUGAUGCUGUUCUGGAUGAGUAUGUUUCAAAUGAUGAGGUGUACAGGGUUACCAUCGAGCCAAUUAUCCCAACCGUUUUCCAGAGAACCAAAGCAACCUGUUUUGCAUAUGGGCAAACAGGCAGUGGUAAGACAUUUACAAUGAAACCACUGCCUAUCCGUGCUGCUGAAGAUCUUGUGAGGCUGUUGCGUCAACCUGUAUAUCACAAUCAGAGAUUUAAAUUGUGGCUCAGCUACUUUGAGAUAUAUGGUGGAAAGCUGUUUGAUCUUCUCAGUGACAGAAAGAAACUUUGUAUGCGAGAAGACGGUAGACAGCAAGUUUGCAUUGUUGGACUGCAAGAGUAUGAAGUUUCAGAUGUUCAAAUUGUGAAAGAAUUUAUCGAGAAAGGCAAUUCUGCGAGGAGCACAGGAUCGACUGGUGCCAAUGAGGAAUCUUCAAGAUCGCAUGCUAUACUACAGCUUGUUGUCAAGAAGCACGUCGAGGUAAAAGACACCAGACGGAAUAAUAAUGAUGGUAAUGAAUCCCGAGGGAAAGUUGUGGGAAAGAUAUCUUUCAUUGAUCUUGCUGGCAGUGAAAGAGGUGCAGAUACCACAGACAAUGACCGCCAGACAAGGAUCGAAGGUGCAGAAAUCAACAAGAGUCUAUUGGCUCUGAAGGAAUGUAUCCGUGCUCUGGAUAAUGACCAGCUACAUAUACCAUUUCGUGGAAGCAAACUAACGGAAGUCCUUCGUGACUCAUUCGUUGGAAACUCAAGAACUGUGAUGAUUUCUUGUAUCUCUCCAAAUGCUGGAUCAUGUGAACAUACCCUUAAUACAUUAAGAUACGCUGAUCGGGUUAAGAGUCUAUCCAAAAGUGGGAAUGGCAAGAAGGAUCAAACCAUCACCUCGUUGCCACCAGCUAGUAAGGAUGCAUCAUUGGCAUCUUCUCAGCCAGUUUGUAAUGAUGUCGAAGAUAUCUCUGAGCCUCCAGUGGAAGUGAAUGUACAGGAGAAGGGAAGGAGGGUAGAGAAGGACAGCUAUUCUACUUCGGGCAUUGAACUCAAGCAGCCUACAAGUUAUCCAUCUUCAUACCCUAUUAACAUCAGAGAGGAGAGCGGAAUACCAUCCAUCUCAAUGGACAAAGUGAGGCCAGAGAUGAGUAGUUCUUUUGGUGGCUCUACUAGUCAAAGGAUCUAUUCAUCUUCAUAUUCCCAAGACACCUCCGAUCAGGAAGAGAAAGUGAAGAAGGUGUCACCGCCUCGUAGGAAAGGGUUGCGGGAAGAAAAACCAGACCGGCCUCAAAACUGGACAAAAAGAGAUGGUGGUGGCACAUUGGAAGCCCCAGCCGUGCCAAACUCUAGAAAGCCUAAUACUGUGGUCCAGAACACAAGUGAUAUUGCUUCAAGACAAUAUGAAACAGAGCCUUCUCUCGAUGAGAAUAUCGAUGCACUGCUCGAGGAAGAAGAAGCUCUAAUUGCAGCGCACAGAAAGGAAAUAGAAGACACGAUGGAAAUCGUGCGUGAGGAAAUGAAGCUACUAGCGGAAGUGGACCAGCCAGGAAGCAUGAUAGACAGCUAUGUAACACAGCUAAGCUUUGUGUUGUCGAGGAAAGCAGCGGGACUCGUCAGCCUUCAAGCUCGCCUAGCUCGGUUCCAACACCGUCUCAAAGAACAAGAAAUCCUCAGCCGCAAGAGAGUGCCGCCCCGGUAAACAACUGAAACAUCGUCGCCUUCUUCUGCCUUCAGUAAAAUUUGCAUUUUGAAAAAAAAAAAACAGAUUGAAAUUCCUACAAAAGAAAAGAAGAAAGAAGAGUUUCGUUCAGUGAGUGUGUGGAGUGGAUGGAUGCGUAUCUGUUUGGAUACGGGCGAGUUUCAUUCAGACAAAAGAGUGCUAAAAACUCGGUAGUUUCAGACGAAGGUGAGUGAAGGUUCUCUCUCUCUCUGACAUACAGAGGAAAAUGUUUGUGGUUUGUAUGUGUUGGUGAAAUGGAACGAGGCUGUGGGGUGGCAUAUAUCGUAUGUGGGUUUCUCUCUCUUUUUUCUUCUUCUUUUAUUAUUACAUUUUGUGUUUUUUUUUUCUCCUGAUUUUCUGUAUUCUAAAAAACAGAAUUGUAACAAUCUUCUUCUUGUCCUUCACUUGGUAAUGAAAUGUGGGUUGCUACAUC